UGCAGCACUCUCUAGAGUGAAGUUUUAAGAGACGGAUUGUGACUGGUUGACUGCAAGGCCUGUGAUAGGUCAGUCAAACUGUGGUGAACCAUGGGAAAAAGGCUGUUCCUAAGAAGGAAUUAAUAGGGCUCUAAGAAUUAAUUGAAGCAGGUAGGAGUUCACACAUCAGCGACAGGUGGAUAAGGAGAGUCAAGAGAUAAAUCUGGAUGGGAUUGUGUGCCCGCUGUAGCCAUUGCAGCCAUGUUCAGCACGUUGAAAAUGCUUUUUUGGCCCAGAACUGCGGUAGCAGCAGCUCAGAGCCCUGGACCACCAACACCAGCACCUCCACCGGCUCCAGCUUCAGCUUCAACCCCAGCACCUGCCCCUCCGACAAAGGAGGAAAAGUCAGAUGCAAAGAAAGAUGAAGAAAGAAAAGAUGAUAAAAAGGAAGAGGAAAAGCCUGCUGCUCCGGCUCCAGCUCCUGCUCCGGCUCCAGCUCCUGCACUAGCUCCUGCUCCGGCUCCAGAGGCCCCUAAAACAGAGGCCAAAUCAGCGGAUCCAGCCAAUCCUGGAGAUGGAGCUCCUCCACCACCUCCUCCACCCAUCGUCAUCAACAGAUACUCUGAUGACCAGCUGCGAGACAUCGUGAAGAAACUACGGGAGAGGACGGAGCUUUUUAAAGAGAAAGUUGUAGAUCCCUACGCCUCGUCCCCAGAGCACAGCCCACCCGUCACACCGGUUUAUCGAAAGGAAGACUGGAACAGAAAGCAGGAAGCAGAGAGAAUAAAACGAGAAGAGGCCGAGCAGAAGAAAAAAGAGGAUGAUGCUAAGAAAGCAGCUGCAAAGAAAGAAAAAGAGGAGAAGGAAAAGAAGGAGAAAGAGGAAAAGCUGAAAGCCGAGAAGGAGAAGGCCGAUAAGGAGGCGGCCGAAGCCAUCUGCCCUAAAAUCGAAUGCACAUGCAUAGACACACUUCUCAAACCUUUAGAAGACAAGAUGGACACAUAUUUGGGGACAACCAUCGACCCUUUCACAGAUCGGCAGUAUAUUAAAUGGCUAAGUGUCGUCACACUCGCUUUUAACUAUAAUGUUUGGCUCGCCACGGCACGUUUAUGUUUCCCGUACCACACGCCUGUGGCCAUCCCCUUCUGGAUCUUUUUCGAUAUUCUAGCAGACCUGGUGAACAUCAUAGACAUCACCAUGUUUCAGCCGCGCUUACAGUUUGUGAAAGCAGGAGACAUCAUAAAAGACAGAGUAAUGACAAAACAGAAUUACAGAGAAUCUGCCAGAUUUCAGAUGGACCUGAUAAGCAUCAUACCAUUUGACUUGCUGUGUUUCCAAUUUGGGUUUACAUCAAUCUUUAGGAUAAACCGGUUUAUACGGUAUCAAUUAUUUUUUGAGUUCAGCGAUCGUCUGGAAAGCAUCAUGACUAAGGCGUAUAUCUGGAGAGUUGGACGCACUACUGGAUAUCUGCUCUUCUGUCUCCAUAUCAACUCCUGCCUUUACUAUGUAGCAUCAGAAUAUGAGGGGCUGGGCAGCACUAGAUGGACAUAUGAUGGAAAAGGAAAUGCGUAUCUCCGCUGUUAUUAUUUUGCUACCCGUACGCUGAUCACUAUCGGAGGUCUCCCUGAGCCUCAUACACUCUUUGAGAUCUGCUUCCAGCUGGUGAACUUCUUCACAGGAGUCUUUGUCUUCUCUAGCUUGAUUGGACAGAUGAGAGAUGUCAUUGGAGCAGCUACAGCAGGUCAGACCUACUUCCGCGCCUCGAUGGACUCCUGUGUGGCGUAUAUGAACACCUACACCAUCCCAAAGCUGGUGCAGAACAGAGUGCGCACCUGGUACAACUACACCUGGGACUCCCAGGGCAUGCUGGAUGAGUCUGAGCUACUGGAACAGAUGCCUCUGGUGAUGAGAACAGCCAUCGCUGUGGACGUCAACCUCGCCACCUUCCAGAAGAUCGACCUCUUCAAGGGCUGUGACAACCAGAUGCUGGUGGACAUGUUAUUACGUCUGAAAUCCAUUGUGUACCUGCCAGGAGACUUUGUUUGCAAGAAAGGUGACAUUGGGAGAGAAAUGUACGUUAUUACCGGAGAGGUGCAGGUCAUCGGUGGGCCGGACAAUAAGAUUGUGUUUGUGACGUUGAAAGCAGGCUGUGUGUUCGGGGAGAUCAGUCUCUUACAGUCAGCAAAAGAUGGAGGCAACAGAAGAACAGCAAAUGUAGCGGCUCAUGGAUUCGCUAACCUCUUCGUACUGGAUAAGAAGGAUCUCAAUGACAUCCUGGUCCACUACCCCGAGUCUCAGAAGGUGCUGGCCAAGAAGGGACGGAAACUGAUGAAGGCCAAAGGUAAAACUGCUCCUGUGAAAGAUGAAGGAGAAAGGAAGAAAGGAUUGGCUAUGUUCGGACAAAAACCUCCCACUCCGAAAAUGUUACGUGCUUUUGGAGGCUUUGGGAAAGGAGGUUUACUGGAGAAACUCAGGGCUCAAGCAGCAGCAGAAAAGAAAUAAGAAAUUCAUCCAUCCAUCUCUCCAUCCAUCCAUCUAUCCAUCCAUCCCUUACAUCAUUCAUCCAUCUAUCCAAAAUCAUCCAUCCAUCCAUCACAUCAUCGCCAUUUCAUCAUCCAUCCAUCCAUCCAUCCAUCCAUCCGUCUAUCCAUUUCAUCAUUCACCCAUCCAUCCAUCCAUUUGUCAAUUACAUUAUACAUCUUCCGUUCUCUUACACCAUCCAUCCCUUCAUCCAUCUGUUCAUUUUAUCCAUCCAUUUCAUCCAUCCAUCAUCCAUCCAUUUCAUCCUUCAUCCAUUUGUCAAUUCCAUCCAUCCAUCAUCCAUCCAUCCGUCAAUUGCAUCUAUCUAUCUAUUACAUCCAUCCAUCCGUCAAUCCGUUUCAUCAUUCAUCCAUCCAUCCAUCCAUCAAUCCAUCCAUUUUAUCAUUCACCCAUCCAUCCAUCCAUCCAUCCAUCCAUUCAUCCAUCCAUCCAUCCAUCCAUUAUAUAAAUCAUCCAUCCAUCUAUCCAUCCAUUACAUCAUCCAUCUAUAACAUCCAUCAAUCCAUCCACCAUUUCACCAUCCAUCCAUCCAUCCAUCACAUCAUCACCAUUUCAUCAUCCAUUCGUCCAUUUCAUCAUUCAUCCAUCCGUCUAUCCAUUUCAACAUUCACCCAUCCAUCCGUUCAUUUCAUCAUUCAUCCAUUUAUCCAUUCAUCCAUUUGUCAAUUCCAUCUAUCUAUUACAUCCAUCCAUCCAUCCGUUUCAUCAUUCAUCCGUCUAUCCAUCCAUUACAUCAUCCAUCUAUAACAUUCAUCAAUCCAUCCACCAUUUCAUCAUCCAUCCAUCCAUUACAUCAUUGCCAUUUCAUCAUCCAUCCAUCCAUUUGUCAAUUACAUCAUUCAUUCAUACAUCCAUGACAUCCAUUCAUUCAUUUCUUCAGUGCAUCAAUCUAUCCAUUAUUUACUUCAUCCAUCUAUAGCAUUCAUCAAUCCAUCUGACCAUUUCAUCAUUCAUCCAUUCAUCCAUUACUUUAUCAACUUUAUCAAUCAUCCAUCCAUCUCUCAAUUAUCUCUCUCCUCUGUUGUUUCAUUCUUGGAUUCAGAAAUACAUAUAUAUGAUAAAAAUGACUGUAUGUUUUUGAUUUAACGUUGGUUUAGUGACACUCUUUUCAACUGUAAUUUUGGACAUGUUACUCAACCAGAUCAACACUUUAAGCAGUGUCAUGGUGGAUGGGCCUUUAUACACUGUAAAUACAUCAUGUUUUUCAUAAAAAAAUAAAAAUAUUGCUAACACUUUACAUUAAGGUUCCCUUCGUAAAGGGUUUAUAAAGGUGUUUGUUAAUGACUAAUAACUCAUUUACAAAUGGAUUUUAAGUUGUUCAUAAGCAGAUUAAUUAACAUAUUGCUGCAGUAAUCAAAAUUCUUAUUUAGCCUAUCUCAGCCCAGUUAUUAACACAUUUUAAACUCUGUUUCAUCACAUUCUAGGGUUACUAUUAUACAUUAAAACCCUUAUACACCUCUCAUAGGAAUACUGAGAUAAAAGACAAAAAGAAAAAAAGAAAAUACAACCAUCAACGUAUUUCAAAAAUGUUACUUUAUUGUAACAUAUAUAAUAAUAUUGUUAUAUUAGUGCAACCAGUAUUUAAAACAUCAAUACUGUAAUUUAUUUGUAACAUUUGAACUUUUAAUAUUAAAAUAUUCACUGUAACUUUGUCAUUGCUACAUUUUAGUGCAGCCUUCCCUAACAACUGCAAUUGAAUAAUUCAUUCAGUAUUAUCCCACUGGUCACUAUUGUUGACUUCGACAUGUCAACUCAUUCAAUGACCACACUCAAGAAAACUGAAUAAUUGUGAAUACGUAUAUUAAUACUACACACCUUAAAGAUAAUGUGUACCAAAAAUCUUUGUCAUAUCUUUAUGUUAAAAUACUUUAAUAACCUUUUGUUUUGGAGCUUUGAUGCAGCCAUCAUCUUCUGAUGGUGCAAACAAGAAUUAAACUGCUCUGGUCAUGUGACAAUUUGCACUAACCAUGUGAAACUGCACAUAUUUUGUUUUUUCCAUAUUUGCAGGAAAUGCACUAAAACACCAGUCAGUAACAUUUUUAGAGCUUUACAAAUUAAAACUUUCUUUACGGUCACUAUUGUGACCAGUGGGAAUAAAUGGUUCACAGGACUUCACUUUACAUUAAGGUUCACGUUCACAGGUUAUUAAUGUUUAUAAAAUCAGUUUUUAUACAUUCCUCUGAAUAGGCAUCAUGACCUUUUUGCAGAGUAUCAUGGGUAAUGCACAGAGUCUGAUGAGCAACAGUGAGAAAAGUGACAUGUCAUGAGAUAUUAUUGAGAAAACCACAAAUAAAUCACCCUUCAAACUAAACAAGGGAACUAAUGAGUAAAUUAAUGGAACACAGCUAGAAACAAAUUAACUAAUUAACUGACAGACAGAAACUAGGUCACGGAAAACAAAGCAAUAAAGACAGACACAAAAACACACUGAACAUGUGACAAUAGCUUUAAUUAAAAUACAAUUAAUAUUAUGUAAUGCAUUUCUCCCUGCACUAAUUGCACACAAUGGGCUGGUACAGACAUUGUGAUUAAAUGUAAAACGAAAAUGCAUCUUAUACUGAUCGGAAAAGCUGAUUAUGUUUUCAUAUUGUUGUUGUUAUUAUUAUUAUUAUUAUUAUUAUUGUAUUCAUGCAUUGUGAAUUCAGGCACAUGACUGAACCACUGAGACCCAUCUAUGACUUUCAUCUAUACAUGCAGAUUGAGAUCUGAGCACCAUUUCUCAGUGUGUAUAGUUUUAAGUGCAUUCUGGUCAAACUUGACACGCAAGUUGCUACAUGAUCUUAAUAAAAUGAAAUCAAACAUAAAGGCACAUUUUGUUUUGUAUAGGAACUGUAACUUAAUCAUUCAGGCACAUUAACAUGAUCAAUUUAACAUUAUGCAUAAGAUAUGACAAAAUGGCUUUGCAAAGCACUGAUUAAAAAUUCAUAUACAGAUUAAAAAAACACAUGAUGUACAGAAAAGCGUUAUGAUAAUGACAUGAAAAUAUAAAGACUGUAAACAAUUUUGUAAGGAGUAAGUGAGAAUCUUACUGUAAAUGUCUUCAUUUACAGUAAGAUACUUAGAUUUACAAACAAGAUCCAUAAUAGACCAUUUCAAGAUCAUUUGGCACAUGAAAACAUAAAAAUAAAAAAAUAUUUAUUUACAAGUUAACUAAUUUAAAACAAAAA